ACACACACACGCGCACACACACACAGUGAAAACCUUGCGCAUUGGGAAUUUUGAUGUGAUUAAUGGCGGCAGUAUUCACCACCACAUCAACAAUCAUCUCCGGCGGCGGCGGCGGAAGUCAGUACGUGAUCGGGAGAAAACAACAAGUAUUCCCGAUGAGACUCCUCGCCGAGUACCAAAACGAGCCUAUUUCUCAACGGCUCGUCGACGCGGCUCACGCCGACGAUCUUCAGCUUGUUUCGGAACUCGUUUCUCACCCAUCCGUCGACGUUAAUUUCACCGGAACGGUUUGCUUGAAAUCCAGAAAAACUGAGGUUGUUCUGAACGGAGAGUCGGCGAGUGAGGUUCGCAUCGAAUUCGAAGAGUUCAGGACUGACGUCACCGCUCUGUUCCUCGCUGCUCAUAACGGAAACACCGCCCUAAUCAGAGAAUUGCUGAAUGCUGGAGCAAAUGUGAAUAAAAAAAUGUUCAGAGGGUAUGCAACAACAGCAGCAGUAAGAGAGGGCCACAUUGAGGUAUUGGCAAUGCUGUUAAACGGUGGGGCCGGUCAAGCUGCGUGCGAGGAGGCUUUGUUGGAAGCAUGCUAUCUCGACCGUGUGGGGCCCGCUGAGCUGCUCAUGGAUUCCGAUAUGAUCCGCCCUCAUGUUGCUGUCCACGCCCUCGUCACUGCAUCCAGCCGAGGCUUUGUUGAUUUCGUCGAAACGCUCAUUAACAAUGGAGUGGAUGCCAAUGCAAAUGCAAGGAUAUUGCUACAAUCGUCCAAACCAUCUCUUUACUCCAACGUUGACUGUAAUGCCCUCGUUGCAGCAAUCGUUAGUCGACAGAUCUCUGUAGUCCAGCUCCUGUUAAAGGCUGGAUGCAGAACAGACACCAAAGUUAGGCUAGGUGCGUGGUCCUGGGAUAUCAUUACAGGAGAAGAAUUCCGAGUAGGUGCAUGUUUAGCCGAGCCAUAUCAAAUCACAUGGUGUGCUGUCGAAUACUUCGAAACCAGCGGCUCCAUCUUGCGAAUGCUCCUCCACCAUCUCUCCCCCAAUAUCUCCCAUCUCGGAAGAACAAUCAUCCAUCACGCAAUCCUAUGUGGCAACGCAAGAGCGUUCGAUGUGCUUUUAAGUUGUGGAGCUGAUAAAGAAUUUCCGGUCUUAACAUCUCAGCAUCAUACGGACUUCCGCCCCGUCCACAUGGCCUCCCGCCUCGGGCGGGGCCCGAUUCUCCGCCUAUUGAUCAACGCCAGCUGUAAUCUGAACUCAAGAACAGGAUCCGGUGAGUCAGCACUGAUGAUCUGUGCCAGAUAUAAGCAGGAGGAGUGUCUUAAGCUUCUGGCUUCGGCAGGUUCCGAUUUCGGUUUGUGUAAUAACUCUAGUCAGUGUGCAAUGUCUAUUGCUGGAUCGGUACAGUGGACACAUAUCUUCCAAGAAGCAGUUUUAGACGUAAUUCGAUCCGGAAAAAUAGCUUAUUCAACCAAUCCUGAAAUUUUUUCUUCGUUGUUAUUUGCCACUCGAGCAAAUGAUAUCGAGGCCGUAAAGAAACUCAUCAAACACAAAGAUUUGAAUCUCGAGGAGAAAGACGAAAAUGGAUUCUCAGCGGUAAUGGUUGCUGCAGUAGGCGGUCAAAUCGAUACUUUCAAGCUACUAGUUGAUGCCGGAGCUGAUUUGGAAGCACGUAAUAACUACGGCGAAACAGCAAUAACCCUAGCGGAAGCUAGCCAAAACAGAGAAGCAUUUGCUAAGGUUAUACCAUCUACAAAGGAAAAUAAUAACACUAGUAUUAUUUCCAUCGAAUCCUCCGCUCUACAUAAGGCUGCACGAUUCGGAAACCUAGAGUUAGUCCGAGAAUUGGCGAAAGAACAUCGUGAUGUAAUAAACACUCUCGAUAAUGAUGGAUAUACCCCUCUCAUGCUGGCAGCAAAGUCGGGCAACGUGGCCAUGUGCCAGGUUCUAAUAUCCCACGGCGCGAAGUGCGAUGUACAAAACGGAGCGGACAUACUAGACGAGCUUGCUCGAAGGCUUGUGGUGGCUGGUGGUUGUGUGAAGAAGCACACAAAGGCGGGAAAAGGGGCCCCACACGUGAAGAAGCUGAAGAUGGUGGAAUCUUCGGGUUUAUUGCAGUGGGGGAAAUCGAGUAAGAGGAAUGUGAUUUGCCGAGGGGCGGAGGUCGGCCCCAGUUCGGAGUUUCGGUGGAACAGGCGGAGGAGGAGCGAUGCGGAUGAUUCUGGCGUGUUUCGGGUGGUGACUACGAAGAACAAAGAGUUUCACUUCUCUUGUGAAGGUGGGAUUGAAAUGGCUAAGCUGUGGGUGAGAGGGAUCAAGAUUGUCACUAUGGAGGCUAUUUUUGGGAGGAAUUUUUGAGAUGUGUAGAUCAU